AUGGGGGUGUUCGCUCAUUACAUCGAGGCUCACGAUACCGACUGCCGUGUGCACCUUCCUGACCGUUGGAGCAUCCUCCGUGAGCAGGGUGUAAGCCUGGUGGGCGCUGGAAAACAGGCCACGUUUGGCCUCAGUGCCCUGCGUCCCUCGCUUUAUCGCGACCUGUCACAAAGGCUGCUCCAAUUCCAUUGGGCCAAUCUUGUGCUGAGGUUCUGGAACUCAAUUGUCAAGAGGCCGGGGACACUGUGCCACCGGGCCUUCAUUGCCGACCUUGAGCUGGCGCUGGGGGGUGUUGUGCUGAAUGCUGGACGAGCAAGGUCCUAG